GAUGAGUAGCACAAACAAACAGUUUGCCGACAAAGCCUUUGAGCUUCUAAAGGAAUUGGACCGGUCGUCGCAAACCAUUCCGGCUUUUGAUGAUGACGGGGUGCGUCAGGUGUUGGAGGAGAUUAAAGCUAUAUUCAAGGAGAAUGUGACUCAGGCUUCAUGCUAUAGCAGCUCAGGGGAUCGUAGCCUAUGGCCGCUGCUAAACUACAGGCAUGCGGCGCUGCAGCGUAAUAAACGCUGUCUGCUUGCCUAUCUCUAUGAACGUAUGCAGCGCAUUAAGGCGCUCCGUUGGGAGUUCGGCCCCAUCAUUCCCGUCGACAUAAAGCAGUCGCUCUGUGAGCCGGAGGUGCACUUCUUCAACAACUAUUCCAAGUCUCUGGCCGCAUACAUGCGUGCAGUGGGCGAUGGCCAUGGUAUUGACCUCACCGGCAAUUUACGGCCUCCUAAGUCGCUGUACAUAGAAGUACGCUGCGUGGAGGACUACGGCAAAUUUGAGCUGGAUGACGGCGAGGUGGUGCAUCUAAAGAAGAACAGCCAGCAUUACUUACCCAGGUCGCAAGUGGAAACCCUGGUGCGACAAGGCAUACUUCAGCACAUAGCUUAGAUUUAAAUAGAUACAAACGUUUUAAAUAUAAAACAAUUUUAUGACUACA